ACCACGAACCGCUGCGAGGGAGCCAAAACUAGCCGCCAGCUCUUCCCUUUCGUCUCCGCUCUGAACUGCAGCUCUGUUUCGAUUCUGUGUUCAAUGUUACAGAGACGCUUAUUUUGCACUGCUAUUUCCGAAACAGCUUUCCGGCCAAACUCCGGCGGUAGCAACUACGGCAAAUGGGGCAUCAAACAAGUUACCAAGUCCAACUUCUCCGAGGCACUGAACGAUAUCGAGACCCGCAUAACCGAGUCCGAUUUCAUCGCCGUGUCGUUACAGACGACCGGCGCUUACUCUUCCCCUUGGCAACGGCUGCUCCCCUUCGACACCGCCGAAAUCGCUUAUCUCAAAGCUAAGCGCGCUGCCGAACGGUACCAGAUUCUUCAAUUCGCCGUUUGCCCUUUCUCUCUCAGGGAGUCCAAACUCAUUGCUUCCCCAUACAAUUUUCAUUUGUUCCCAAGGGAUGAGCUGAAAACAGGGAUGCCUUCUUACAGUUUUUCGUGCCAAUCAUCGUAUUUGAUCUCUAUUGCUCGAGAAGGUUUCGACUUUAAUGCUUGCAUAAAUGAUGGCAUAUCAUACUUAUCCAGAGCACAAGAACUAGCUGCAAAAGACUGUAUUAGGAGUCCAUCAGCUGGCAGCUGUACAGUUCCAUCUCCAGCAUCCCGAUCAGUUGCUGAUUCUAUAUUUAUAAACAGGAUCAAAUCCCGAGUUAAACAUUGGAGAAAUGCUUGCACUGAUCAAAGCAAGAAAACUGAAGAUGUUUUAAUAAGUUCCUUGAGGAAAAUGAUCUCAGCAACCGAAGUACAUGGUUCUAGGCCUUGCCUGAACAUAGAUAUCUGCAGUGAACAGCAAGUGCAGCUUGUGCUAGAGUCACUGAAGAAGUUUGUUGAUGUUGUACCUCUAUUAAUUCCAGCAAAUGGAGGUGGGACUCAGAUAGUCCGGGUUGUUUUGACAAGUUCCCAAGAAGACAAGAAGCUCCUUGAGAAGGAACUUCAAGAAAUGGAAAAUAAGCAUAAUAAGUGUGUUCGUGGCUUUCGAGAGGUGGUUGAUCUGAUUUCCUGUUCUCAGAAACCUGUGGUUGCCCACAACUCACUAAAUGAUUUUACAUCUAUUCAUUCCAAAUUCCUAGCUCCACUACCAUCAACCCUGGAUGAAUUUAGACACUCAUUGGGUCGUGUCUUCCCUCACAUACUUGAUGUGAAACAUCUUAUGAAGGAACUUGGCUCUCAGAAGAAUUUGAAUAAUAUUUAUGUGGCUACAUCUUACCUAAAUAGCAGGUUCUUUGCCCCAGUAGAUGUGGAGCUUCCCCACCAAGCUAUAUCAACCAAGGCAGACAGUGUCAAGAGUCAUGGCCAUAAUGUUUUAAAGAUAAGCGAGUUGUUUGCCAAGGUGUGCUCCAUUUUGAAAGUUGAUCCAAAAGCUCCUGAAGCCAUUGAGCACUGUGGCCAAUUGCCUCCAGCUCUAGAACGCUAUGCAAAUAUUUUUGAUCCUUGCUCAACCAGUUAUCAGGAUCCUCCUAUCAAUGAAGAAGAUGUCAGAGUUCGGGCAAAAAGCUGUAAAAGAGUUAGCAGUAAAAAUGUGGUCUUCCUGUGGGGGUUCCAGAGUGGGAUUUCCACUGGACAGGUGAAAAGCCUUGUAUAUGGUAAACACGAAGUCUUCUCGAGUGAAUUUGACAUUCGAUUGGUGGAUGAGAGUUGUGCAGUACUUGUUUUUUCGAGUCCUGGUUUGUCUGAAGUUCUCUUGGAGGCAUUGGAUUCUGGUUCUUUGGAAGAGAUGGUCUCUGAAGGCAUUAGAGCUGCUAGUUAUGAUGCAUAUGUAAAAGUGUGCAAGUUAGGGUUAUGGAAAGCAAACCUGGCUGAUUCUUUAGAACUGGCUUUGGAAGAAGAAUCUGAAUGUCUUUCAGAAGCUCACACUGCAAAGGAUCUCUCAGUGAUACAUUGGAAUAGUGAUGAAAUGAUCAGUCUAGAUGACCUGUAAACCUUCGCUUUAUAUUUUUUCAACAUCUGUAUUUGCAAGUGCCAUUUAAAUAUUUAAUCCUUUUCCCUACCAUAUUUGCUUCU